CACACACACACGCACAGACACACACACACACACGCACACACACACACACACUCACAGACACGCACAGACGCAGACAGACACAAUGGACGAGCAAGAGCUGCUUGAUAUGCUGGAGCGGCAGAACCAGCUGCUGGAGAAGGACAACCGGGCGGUGUCGUUUGAACGCACCUCGCCGCAGCUGGACAGUGCUGUUGCUGGAAGUGAAGCGUCGAAGCGACGAUGCGGCAGUGACAGCGGCCCGCUGCAGGAACAGCACAUUGCAGAGCAACAGUUGCUGCAACACGGGCAGAACGGCCCACGCAGGCACGCGAUGAGGCGCAGCGCAUCCGCAGAUCCAGCCGUCAAAGUGAAGGAGCGCAUGGCAUCUACGUCAUCGUCAUCAUCACAACUACAGCACCACCAGCAGCAGCAAGCAGAGAACGGCAAGCAGGAGGAGGCAGCGGAUCCGGAGGUGGAACGCUUCAUGCUGUGGACGGAGAUCCUGUCCAACUGGGACACGUGGUAUCGCAAGAAGCAGCGGCGGCUGCUGGACCUGCUGUACGAGGGUGUGCCGGGCGCCUUGCGGUGCGUGGUGUGGCAGCACCUGGCACGGUCACAGCAGCAGGCGAGCGAGGUGUCUGCCGCACGGCUGCACACGGAUAACGCCCCAUCCUACGCAGAGCUGAUUGCGCAAGACACGCCGCACGACAAGCUGAUUCAGCAGGACCUGGCGCGCACGUUCCCAAAGCACCACAAGUUCAAGGACAAGCAGGGCGACGGGCAGGAGGUGCUGUACAACGUGAUGAAGGCAUAUUCUUUGUACGACACGGAGGUUGGCUACUGCCAGGGCUCCGCCUUCAUCGUGGCCAUCCUGCUCAUGCACAUGCCCGAGGAAGAGGCCUUUGAUCUCUUCAUCAUCCUCAUGCGCGACUACCGUCUCCGCGGCAUGUUCAAGCCCUCCAUGGCGGACCUGCCGCUGCGGCUGCACCAGUUUGACGCGCUCAUCCGCGCCACCUUUCCCGACCUGCACGCCCACUUUGGCGACCUUGGCCUUGCGCCGUCCAUGUACGCGAGCCAGUGGUUCCUCACGGCGUUCACCAGCUCCCUGCACACGGAGGCCGCGUUUCGCCUGUUUGACGUGUUUUUGCUUGAAGGCAUUCCGCUCCUCUUCAAGGCGGGGCUGGCCAUCCUGCACACGAACCACAACCUGCUGCACCGGCACAACUUUGACGGCGUCAUGACGGUGCUUGGGCGAGACGGCCUGCAGCAGCGGUACGUGGGCGCCGAGGAGGAACUCUUGCACGCGACAAAGGCCGCAGCCGUGACGCAGAAGCAGCUGCAGCGGUAUGAGAAGCAGUACCACACAGAGAAGAAGGAAGAGGAGGAGCGCACGAGCGAACUCGCCCGCCUUCGUGACAAGUGCCACCGUCUCGAACAGCGCAACGCAGCCCUCGAGGCGCAGUUGGGGACGCUGGAGGGCGACUACAACAAGCUGGCGAAGAAGCACUUGGACGUGUCCGUGCAGCUGCAUCAGCGCGAUGAGCAGUUGUUAGACAUGCAGGAGCAGCUGCGGCGGUUGAUGGACGCACACGUCUCGCUCUCAAGCGAUACGGCGGUGGCGGAAGGGAAACAGGCUGCGGAUGAUGGCGGGGACUCUGUUGUUGAUGGCAGCUUGGAGACAAGCACGAGGACAGAGAACAGCGAUGAGCAGGGCCAAGUGGAACGAGAUGCGAGCGUGGAUGGAGAUCAACAAAGUGGAGGCGACAACGGUGAAGGGAAUGGUCACGUUGCUGCCAACAAAGAUGGAGCAGAGAAGCAGAAGACGCUGAAGGGUUGCAGAGAAGAAGAAAACCAGCAAGGAGACCAAGGGGGAGGGCAUGAACAGGAAGCCAAAGCAUGACUCGUGGGUGUUGCUCUGCUUUGAACGCAUCCUCUGCUUUGCUUUGCUUGCUUGCUUGCAUCUUGAGUAGGACAGUCUGGACUAUAAAUAGGCCAAAUACAC